AUGACUACAUACAACGACGGCUACGAAGCCGAAAAAGUUGACUCACAGGCUAAACACGUCGAGCUGGGUGCCGACUCUCAACUGGCUCACGUUGCCGACCACGAAGACCAUGAGACUGGCAUCCUGAAGUCGUUUAUACGUUAUCCUUGGGCGUCGGCCUGGUGUGUCUACGCGUGUUGGACCAUAAUCCUUCUCAGCUUUGAUACCCAAGCUGCCAGUUCCGUUGUGGGCAUUCCGGAGUUUCGCAAAGAUUUUGGUUACCUGUACAAGGGAGACUAUGUCCUCCAUGCCGUAUGGCAAUCGGCCUUCAAUGGCGCCCCAGUUGCAUCAGCUGUCAUAUCGUCGAUUGCCUCCGCUGAGCUUGCUGAUUACAUUGGACGGAAGAAAGUCCUCGCCCUCGCCCUCAUCAUCUCUUUCAUCGCUGUUGCCGUCGAGUUCGUCGCCACAACCAAUGCCGUAUUUUUUGCUGGAAAACUUCUUAAUGGCAUCAUGGUUGGUGCUGUUGGCACCGUCAUGAUCAGCUACAUUGGCGAGAUCACACCACUAGCACUUCGCGGCAUCUUCACAUGCGGCGUCGGUGUAGCUUAUGGUAUCGGCCCAUUGGUUGCGUUCAUCGUCAUCAAUUACACUGGACAGGUUCAGUCCCGCUGGGCAUACCGUACCGUGUUUUGCUGUCAGUUCGGCUUCGCAGGAGUUGCAGCUCUCUUGUGGCCUUUCAUGCCCGAAUCUCCAUGGUGGCUUGUUUCCAAGGGGAAGAAGGAAAAGGCACUCAAGAGCCUCCACAGACUUGGCCACACUGGCGAAGAGGGAAAAGCAAAACUUGCCCUCAUUGAGCUCACCCUCGAGGAGGUUCGCGCCGAAACCCAGGGUGUGACAUACUUGGAAUGCUUCAAGAAGUCGAACCUACGUCGCACCAUCAUUAGCAUUAUGCCUCUAAUUAUCCAGGCUUUUAGCGGCAUCUCGUUUGUGGCAGGAUAUUUUACCUAUUAUCUUCAAUUGGCCGGUUAUUCGACUUCAAUGAGUUACCAACUGCAAAUCGCCCAGCCAGUCCUGUCCAUCGUAGGCAACUUGAUGGCCGCUGCUGUGGUCGAUAGAUUAGGCCGGCGGAACCUGACGUUCUAUGGCCUCGCCAUCCUGACGACGUUUCUUCUCAUCACUGGAGGUCUUGGAACUGGCACCAGCCAGCCAAUGAUCAAAGGGACUGUGGCCUUCAUUCUCAUUUACAGCUGGUGGUACAACGUGUCAAUCGGGUCAACCGCCUUUUCCCUUCUCUGCGAAACCUCCACGUCCCGUCUGCGCGUCAAGACUGUCGCUAUUGGCUACGCCUCACAAAACUCCAUUAAUGUCAUGUGGCAGUUUGUCAUUCCAUACAUGUUCAACCCUGAUAAGGCCAACCUCGGCGCCAAGAUUGCCUUUAUCUUUGGUGGUUUGUGCUUCUUCUCGCUGAUCUACCUCUGGUACUUCCAGCCCGAGACAGGAGGUCGGUCUUACCAGGAACUCGACGAGAUGUUUGCCAAGGGAAUCCCAGCCCGAAAGUUCAAGACAUACAAGACAACGGUGCAGCAGCAGAAUGAGAGUGCUGCAUUGGACAUGGCGCGUUGA